UAUUAACUUGAUUGCUACAGACUACAUCUCCCAGCGUGCACCUGGAGUGUACGGAGUGACGUCAGACGCUGGACUCGUUUUAGGGCCGGGUUCCCGGAUAUUGCUCCCUUUCUCUUCUGGGAAGAUGGCAGGCGAGCAAAAGGCAGGUGUGAAGAAGGCAAAGAAGCCUAAAAAGCACCAUGCAAGUCGUAACCCGGUGCUGGCCCGAGGAAUUGGGAAAUAUUCCCGAUCAGCAAUGUAUGCCAGAAAAGCCAUGUACAAGCGCAAGUAUGAGGCACCAGAAACAAAGAUAGAGAAGAAAAAGAGGGAGAAAGCACCUGCUACCCUCACAAAACCAGUUGGUGGAGAUAAGAAUGGAGGCAACCGUGUGGUGAAAGUUCGUAAAAUGCCUAGAUAUUAUCCAACUGAAGACGUUCCUCGCAAGCUCUUGAGUCAUGGCAAAAAGCCCUUCUGCCAACACAAGAGGAAACUGCGGGCUUCUAUUACUCCAGGAACUGUUCUGAUCAUUCUCACUGGUCGCCACAGAGGCAAGCGUGUGGUCUUUCUGAAGCAGCUUGCCAGUGGCCUGUUGCUGGUAACAGGACCUUUGGUUAUCAAUCGUGUCCCCCUGCGCCGGACUCACCAGAAAUUUGUUAUUGCCACAUCUACCAAGGUUGAUAUCUCUGGGGUGAAACUUCCAAAACAUCUCACUGAUGCAUACUUUAAGAAGAAGAGGCUGCGUAAGCCCAAACAUCAAGAAGGCGAAAUCUUUGACACCGAGAAGGAAAAAUACGAGAUAACAGAACAACGCAAGGCAGACCAGAAGACAGUGGACUCGCAAAUCCUGCCAAUGAUCAAGAAGGUGCCCCAGCUGCGUGGUUACCUGCGUUCUGUAUUUUCUCUCUCCAAUGGAGUUUACCCUCACAAAUUGGUGUUCUAAAUUUUUCAGAAAAUUUCACAUUAAAAUUGGGGGAAAACUGAGAUUUGUCUUGUUCCAAUUAUAUUUCACUUUGUAAUGUAUUAUGCAUAUCCUAAAGUUUGGAUUCAAUUAGAAAACUGGUGGUGUUUUAAGUGAGAUUUUGAAGAAUGUGGCCCUGCAUUUUGAACAAUAGCAGUUUCUUACACAUGUGCAUUUCUGAACACUUUCAUCCUAUUUAAAUCCAAAUGAUGGUGGGCUUUGUGCUCACUAUUUGAAGAAUAUCCCUACAUCUGGCUAGUUCUAGUGAUAAAUUGGGGUAAACUCCUUCAGGGUUUUUAGACUGUUCUAUUUUCCAUGUCCUGUCAUAAAUUGUCUUAAUAGACUAUUAAACUUCCAUGGUAUUUUUGCUUUCA